GGGAAAUCGGGACGAAACAAGAUUGAGUUUAUUGGCAAAACGGGAUUUGUUUAAAAGGGAAAUUGAGUGAAGAAGGAGAAUGAACGAACGAACAACGACGACGAUUAUUAAGAAAAUGGGGCAUUGAAAUGACAAGUGUGUUUAUUGCCAACUGUGUUUUAGUUUAUUAUCUUGUCAUCUGCAUGGCCCAUCUGGCAGCUUCAUUUCCUAUCGCUCUGCUGCAACACUUGUUUGAUCGGAAUGGGCCAAACUCUUGAGAUCGAUCAUCUCUCCCUGGAAAUCCCUCCUAGUUUUUAAAAAACCCUUGAUGGUUGAUGCACUGGGCGCUUUUGGGGGCAACACUUGAUGCAUUUACAGCAAGCGUUUCUUUAAAUAGCAACAGACAGCCAAGUCAUAAUGUGUUGCUCUCCAACACCACACUUGUGGAGCGACGCAAACGUCCGUUUAUCUAAAAGCACCACAUCUAUCUGGAUAGCUGUGCAAACAGUCCAUGCGUACCACUGUACCGCCAUUGAGUGCCAAUUUACGCUCCAAAAGUUCCUCCUUGCAUGAUCUAUUGUCAAGCAAAACAGAAACCAACAAUGGUCUAGUCCAUGAGCAGACGGGAGAGCAGCAGGAGGAUGGUGGGGAUAUCCCAGCUUCACCUGCCGCCACACAUGGAAUCCACUCUUGGUCAGAUAGCGAGACAUCUGCCUACAUUUCCUGGAUCAAUGCACUGCUCCCUCCCACUGACCUCGAUCUGGCGCACCUUUUGCCCCUUACGAACGCUGAAACCUUUUUUGACGCUUGUCGGACCGGUGUCCUCCUGGCCAAACUCUUGGACAAGACCAUACCGGGUUCAAUACCCAUGGAAAGAAUCCACCGGAAACCAAAGACUGAGAUUCAUAUGCGAGAGAACUGUGGACUGGUCUUGGACGCUUGUCGCAAGGUUGGCGUAAAGACGCUGAAUAUUGGGCCUGCUGAUGUGAUGGCCGGUGUGCCGCAUUUGUGUUUGGCAUUGGUCUGGCAGAUUAUCAAGGUGGGACUCAUGUCCAAAAUACAGGUGGAUGAUCCUUCCGCACCAACAGAUCAGCCCAAGUCAAAAGCUGGCACAUCUACUCAGGCCGUACCGCAGGACCGUGUCCUGCUGCAAUGGAUCAACAGAGAGUUGAAGCGCAAUGGAUGUCCUCGCUCCGUCUCUAAUUUCGGCACAGACCUUUCUGAUUCCGAAUGCUAUGCCCAUUUGCUCUCAUCCAUUGGAGAUGGAGGUGGCAUAAAUGUUACCGGGGUACUACAAGAAAGGGACUUUUAUCGACGGGCAGAGAUGGUUCUGGAUGCUGCAGAUGCACUUGGGUGCCGAUACUUUGUUACUCCCAAAGAAAUUGUGGCGGGCAACCGAAAGUUGAGCAUGGCAUUUUUGGCGGUUUUGCAUGAAGCAAUGAUACGAUUGGGGAGACAUGGCGAGCGGGACCAGGUUGCGAGACACAGGGAGACAAGCGAGACAUUCGCACAACAAAGCUCGGAGAUCAAGCGACUCAAAGACGAGCUAGACACCAUGCGGGCCAAGAUGAAAAUAGUAGAGUAUCAAAACGCUGAACUCCAGCAAUUGGAAGGAAGGGCGAUGGGUGAGGUCGGAGGUUACAAGAAAAAGGUGGACGCUCUUCAAACCCAGGUGAAGGAACUCUUGGCCGAAAGAUCAACUCUAGAGUCCGAAGCAGAAACCGCGCAAGCAGACGCAGCUGCACUCCGAAAAGAAAAUGGCGAACUCCAAAAGAAAACUCGCUCCCUGAAAGAAGAGUCAGGGCUCCUCCGUGCCGAAAUCAAGGCCCUUACUUCCGAAAACCGCUCCCUCCAACAGGAGCUCGACAACCUUUUGCAAGAGCUUCGGGACCAGGCCACGGAGCUUAAAGAGAAGCUUAUGGAAGCUGGAGAGACGGUGGCAAGAAUGACAACCGAACGAGUUAAACUUCGUGCAGAGUUGGAUGAGAUGACCAUCGAACGAGCACAGCUCCGUCAGGAAAUCGAAGCUCAGACGGCAGCUAGAUAUAAAUUAGAGGAAGAGCUUGAUAUGCGACAGCAUGAAUUGAAACGAAUCUCUGUCGUGACGGAUUCAGCGAUUCGCGAAAAAGAAAUGCUACACAAACGUGUGUCGGACAUGGAGAUUGACAUUGAAGCCACUGAAGGGCUACUCCAAUCCCAGGAUGCUCCACCAGAGACCCGAGCAAUACAAGUCGGCUUGGAAGCACUAUUAGAAACCGAUACAACACCUGCGAUUGUAGAGGAUCAACUACGAUCGUCCACUGCUACUUUAUCAACGUCAAAGCGACCUCGCAGUGUGAGUCUCCUUGCAAGGAACUCGACAUCGGAUCUGCAACUCCUAGGAUCACCAUUAGGUCUCCGCUCCAGAGCGUCAUCCGUGACAAGCGGGACUAGCACAUCUGAUAGACCUCGCGUCCUUCCAGUGGCAGUGCAGAUAAAGUGGCUGCUGGAUGACAAGGACAAGUUAAAGGAUGAUUUGGAAAAGGCUUUGAACCGUGUUCGCAACCUUGAAGAGACGAUAAGAAUGUUAAAAUCUGCGAGUGAAGCUGUUCGGUUGGCGCAAGCCAUGGAUCCUGUUGCGGAUGUAGAGAGGCCGGUUUCCGAAGUAGUGGAACGGAUGGAUAAGAUCAAUACCGAAAUGCGCGCAUUGACAACUAGGAUUCGAACUAGACAUCACCCAACUUCCAAAUUGCACACUAGCAUGACUUGAUACAUAGGUUUAGGUAGGAUUUCAAGCAGAUAGACAAAGCCGUAGUUUAUUUAGGGAUUAGGACCUUAUAUGAGACAAAGAAGAACUGCUUGCUGUCUCUCAAGUCAGGUAAACGUCAAAUAGGGUAGACCUUGAAGCAACUAUUACUUGAACAUGUCCUAUAUCCUGUACCCUUGCCCUAUACAUCUGACCCAUAAAAAUAUACACGUAGAAUCCUACCUAAAAUACAUCUUUUA